AUGAAUAAUCAAGAAGCUCUCUCUGAAGACACGAUUGCGGAGCUACGCGAGGCCUUUGCGCUAUUCGACAAGGACAGCAAUGGCGCGAUCAGCACCAAAGAGCUCGGCAACGUGAUGCGCGCCCUCGGCCAGAACCCUACCGAGGCCGAACUAAAGGACAUGAUUACCGAGGUAGACACCGAUGGCGACGGCACCGUCGACUUCCCCGAGUUUCUCGCCCUCAUGACCAAGAAGGGGCGCAGUGCAGACACCGAAGAGGAGAUCCGCGAGGCGUUUAAAGUGUUCGAUAGGGACGGGAAUGGCUUCAUCACUGCUGCGGAGUUGCGCCAUGUCAUGACCACGUUGGGCGAGAAGCUGACAGAAGAAGAAGUCGAUGCCAUGAUACGGGAAGCCGACACGGACGGAGACGGGCAGAUUAACUACGAAGAGUUUGUUGCACUAAUAACGUCGACCUAG